AUGUAACCAUUUAGUUUAUUGAAUGAACAACAAUUUUAAUAGAUUUUACACAAUUAUGAAGAACUCAAUCUAUAAGGAGGAUGUUUAUUAUAUAGAGAGAAAUAGAAUGCAGAAGCAUUAUAUCUUGUAAUAAAGGGAGAAGUGUUAGUAUAGAUUAAAGAAUAAGUUGAUAAUGCAGCAGCUUAAAUUUAAGAGUAGAAAUAUAUUUUGUAAAUUUUUAAAAGUAACAGAGAAUUAAAAAUAUUGGUUUAUUUGGAUCGGAAUAAAUUGUUGGAGAUUAUGAAUUAUAUUUAAAUAAAAAAUAUAAGUAAAAAUUAAUAAGAAGAACAACAAUAUCAAUAGUUAAAAGUGAUUCUAAAAUAAUUAGAAUUCCUAUUAAAUAAAUUUUAGAUGUAAUAGAACAUGGAUUAUCAGCAAAAUGGUUAUUAAGUUAUUUAAAUGAAAAAUAUAUGAAUAGAAGGAAUAGUUAGUUAUCAAUAUUAUAAUUGAAGGAUGAAUAAGAAAAUAGAAAAAUUUUGUCAUUCAUAUCGCCUGAGUUCAAAAAAAUGAUUCUUCAUUAAAGAAACAUCAUGAUCAGAAUAAAAUAUCGAGUGAUCGUUAUUAAUAAGUAAAUUAAAAACAAAGUUAUGAGGAUGGUAAUACUGAAUAAAAUUUUUUUGUUUUAAAGAAGGAAAUAAACUAAUAAGAUAAAUCACUACUAAAAUAUUUACCAAAGGAUUAAGUAUUAAAUAAGAGUAAUACUCUAACUGGUUUUAGUAUUGAGAAGUUUGCAUCAACUUUAAAAUCAAGAGUUAAAUACACUAAAUUAUUAUCUUAACUAGAUGAAGAGUUAGCUUGUUAUAGGUUUCAUUCUACUCCAACUAAAACAAAUGGAUUUUCAUUUAAAUAGGCUUAAACUCUUACUAAUAUUCAAUCUCCAUAAUAUAAAUUCAAUUAAACAUUCAAAUUAAAUUGA